CUGUAAGUUACACAGAAACCCCACCUCGAAGUGGCGGCUGCGCUGAGAGACGCAGUGCAGUUCAUUCCCCUUUCCUAGCCGCUCUAGUGUCCCGGUUACAGCAGAUUAGCUCGUCAUGAGUGACAACGAGAAGGAGUUUGUGGAGCGGGUGCGUGAGAUUGGUCUUUUUAUUACUGGUUUUUCUUUAAGCGAGCUUAGUUCAUCAGACGCGAACUUUGUCCGUUAAUGGUGGAAGUCUUUGUGUAGGCCGGAGCUAAGCUAACCCAGCUAGCAGACGUGCUAACCUGUUUCGCUCCGAGCUAACCAGCUAGCUACGUUAGCGAAGCAUCCAGUUUCAUCAACUUUGUUUCCCCCAGAUUUCUCCGGUUGUGUGUUUCAAACGUCGUUAUCUGUUAAAACUCGGUUAUUUGGAGCUAACGUGUGUUGGGAAAGCUGGGCGGCGCGUCGUUUAGCUUAGCGUAGUUUAGCUAGGCUGUGCUAGCCACGCUGCCCGACGUCACGGCGGGACUUUAUUUGUCGUUAAUCUGACGAGACGUUUUAAUUUCCGCCCGUUUACUGUGUGAAAACCUGUUAUCAGUGGCCAUCUGAGCUGUGACCACUCGAUAAUGAGCUGGGGAGCUUUUUCUAGCGAGGCUGAAGUCGGCCGCCUGUUCGCGUUUUCCCGCCCCACCUUAAAUCGUGCGGUUUUUAAGGUGGAACGGGGAAAUUCGAACAGGAAGCUGGCUAAUAGGACUCGAGCUUCAGCCUCGUCUCGAUAAUUAGCUUUUCUAAUCCUCUCCGAGUUAAGCCGAGCUGCUCCCGGUGAGGUACAAAGCGACGAAUUCUCCAGCAACCGUUAAACCGUCGCUGAUGUCAGUGAUUUGGUGCGAAAUGGUUUUAUUGAAACUUACUGGAUUCCUUACAGUGGUGCUGAUAAGAGCCAGAGGUCACAGCCGUUACAUGACAAGCAUAGCCGAGAAUCAAAGCCAACCUAGAAGUGUCUUUUGAGGGUUUAUAUGUAAUCCUGAGAGCGGUGCAAUAGUAGUAAAUAUGGGGGGGAAAGUGUUCUUGUGGGAUUACUGUGUCUUUUAACAGCCUACAGUAGUGGCAAACAAUAAUAAUAAUAAUAAUAGUAUGCAAUUUUUUUUGAGGGGGGGGUAUUUUGAAUUACAACGCCCAGUGUGCACCUUUCUCCUAUGAAUAGUUCAAAUCUGUUUUAGACCUUAUUGUUUGAAAGCAUCUCUAAAUCAUUGUAAAACAGCUUCUCCCGUUUCGCACAACAAGUUUCAGGGAGGGGAGUCAGAUGUGUGGUUCCUAUCACCACCACUGUGAACGAUCCUGGCCUAGUAAGUUUCUCCAGAACGGAGCAUUUCACAUCAAACUCUGGACGUCUUUAUUCACAUCUGAACUUUUUAAUUUUGCAGACAUAUUUACAAAUGGGAAGGAUUCUGAUUUGAGUUCUGCCCCAGGAUAGUGCGUGUAAUUCUCUCUGUUUAGUCUUAAAGUUAAUGUUUAAGGAUGUUCACUGACUACAUUUAGUACAGUGAGGUGAAACACCCAUGUGAAUCAUUUUGAUUACGUGUAAACUCCGUAGUUUUCUUCUUAUUCAAAAUUUAUAUUUAGUUAAAAGAUUGGAUGUAACUUACUGUGUUAAGUAGUUGCUUUUUAGCCAUUAGGCUUGAUUAAUUUUUGCUUAGGGAAGCUCUGAAAACAUAUGAACCAAAGGAAAUUAACAUUCCACAUAUGGACAUUAACGCUGACGGGUUUACCUCAAGUACAUCAAGACAAUGAAUACAACUUGGCUGUAUACAGGUUAAGGUGCGAAGAAUGAAAAUGUGGACGAAGUCAAAUGUCAAGUUUUUUUUACUUUUUUUUAUUGAGGCUGAAUUUUGAGAGUGCAUGCUUAUUCGGUGUGGCGAGAAGUUCUAAGAAGUUCCCCUCGUGUAGAGUGUUGUGACAUUGGGAGCAAUGAAUAUUCAAGAUGCAAAGAAGUCAGAAAUAAGAAACGGAAGAAAGAAGAACAGAAUGUUGGUUGAAGUUGUGAAGUUAAUCUCAGAAGUGUUCGGGUGGAUAAGAUGAAACAGGGCUAAGUAAUUUGCAUUAGUCUGUUCUGUCUGAAUACAAAUCUCUCUCUUUCAUACACUUUGCAUGCUACUGUUUCUACAAUAAUGACAAAGUAUUCUGAUGCCAGACAUAGAUAAAAUGUUCCUUUUGUAAUCUUCCAUGGUCGACUGUAAUAGAAUCAGUCCAGCUUCUUCUGUGUCAGCAUGCUUAGUCAAUUUGUAGACCUGUUCUCAACAACAAUGCAUUUUAUAUUUCAACAUGCUUAGCCAACAUGAAGCCUGGAGUCAUGGCAGUCAAUUCUGUUUGUCAACAUGCUUAUCCAGUAAACAGGCCUGGAGCCAUGACUUGAUGCAUGGAAAGUUCUCUCUGUUGUGGUGCUAAUCUGCUUGGAUCUGUGCAGGAGUCCCGAUCCAGGAGCCAGAGUCUGAAGGCCUCCGCAAAAUCGAACAGCGGAUCUCCACGUCAGUCCCCAGCAGGAUCUAAAGAUGGUUCCCGUCGCUCCAGAUCCAAAUCCCGCUCCAGGUCCAGAUCCAAGUCCAGGUCUCGUUCCCGGCGGAGCUCACGGCGGCACUACUCUCGUUCAUAUUCGCGCUCUCGUUCGCGCUCUCACUCUCGCCGCCGCCACUCGCGCAGUCGCUCAUACAGCCGUGAGUACCGCCGCCGCCGCAGCCACAGCCACUCGCCGAUGUCCAACCGCAGACGCCACGUGGGCAACCGGGCAAACCCUGACCCUAACUGCUGCCUGGGAGUGUUUGGCCUAAGCCUGUACACCACAGAGAGAGAUUUGAGAGAGGUCUUCUCCAAAUACGGCCCCCUGUCCAGCGUCACCAUCGUCUAUGACCAGCAAUCACGCCGGUCACGAGGCUUCGCGUUCGUUUACUUUGAGAACAGGGAGGACUCCAAGGAGGCAAAAGAGCGUGCCAACGGCAUGGAGCUGGAUGGACGGCGGAUCAGAGUGGACUUUUCUAUUACUCAGAGACCACACACUCCCACGCCUGGUAUCUACAUGGGAAGACCCACCUACAGUGGGGGAGGAAGACCCAGCAUCUCCACCAGCCGCUCCAGGGAUUAUUACGAUCGUGGCUACGAUCGAGGGUAUGACCGCGGCUAUGAGCGCUAUGAUGACCGAGAAUACUACAGAUCGUACAGGCGCAGGUCUCCGUCACCCUACUACAACCGCGGAGGAUACAGAUCGCGCUCUCGGUCGCGGUCAUACUCCCCACGGCGUUACUGAAGAAGCAGACGUCUGUGUCCAUUGAGCAGGGGUGAUUGUUUUUAUUCUUAUGAAUGAUGAAUAAUGGAGAGAGUUUUUGUUUUCUUUUUGUUCGGUUUGAGUUCUUGUAUUUUAAGUGACUUCGAUUUUAGUUAGUUUAAUAGUCUUCCUGUCCAUAGGUCUUGUGUAUGAUGAGCUGUGUUGGACCUUGUACUUUCCUUACGAAGUGCUUGUAGUCAUUAACUUCCAAACCUGUUUGGCUACAAGCCCUGUUUUGGUGAUCUGUUCAUCUUGAGGUCUGUGUAGGGUACUGUCUCAACAUCUUGGGACUCUUAAAGAAGCAGGAUUUCAAACUUCUGUUUUGUUUUAGAUGUUCAAUGACAAGGUCACUUUUUCUUCUUUUUCUGUUGGACAGUUUUUAGCUUAAGCUUAAAAGAAUAAGCAAGCUAAAAGGAAAACCAGGAUUUUUCAACUUAAUCUUUUUUUUAUGUAUCUGGAUUGUACCAUGACAAUUUCCUGUGCUUAGAAAAAUGAGAGAACCCAAUGAGAACUCGCUUGUAAUAGAAUCCAAAGGGCAGUUGUUAAAUACUUGUGUGGCUAACAGGAUUUUGAAACUACAGUUAUUACACUCUUAACAAUGCCGGUCUUAUGCUGCAUUAACAUGUUGGUGGUAGGCAGUCGACAGCAAACUGGAUAUUCCGUUGUAGAAUAAUGGAUAAUUGUGGAAUGUCCUGUCAAGAUUUUCCCCCAAGUUUUUGGUAAAAUAUACCGGAUCUUGUUUGUUGUUGACAUUGCUGAAGUCUCCUCUGAUAAUCAUCUAUUUUGCUGGUGAUGCUGUCACCAUGGCAACGUUUUCAUGACUGUCAUGUUCAACUCUGAGCCAUGGAGUAACGUUUGUUUUCAAUGAUAACAUGUCAACACAGCGUUGAGAAGAUGGACAUGAGAGAAUGUCAUCUUCUAAGGUUUAAUCCAUGGUACCGCUGGAGUAAACUGUGCCCACACCACUGUGUUGGUAAAGUUAGUUCCUUCCUCUCUGAAACAACUACAAACAAUGAAUUAUACCGACUUUCAGUUUCAUCUACAGAUGCUUUUGACUAAAGUGCUCUACCAAAAUGUUUACUGUCAGAAUUCAACAACUGCCGAUUGGCUUCUAUUUUAAGUGCCCUUCGUCAAUGCAUUUUCACUUUUUUUACCCUGAAGUACAGACAAAUGUGUCAAGAUUAUCGUCUGCAGUAAUUGACUACAUGCUUAUAGAUGCAGCAGAUAGAGAUUAGGUUAAAAAAUCUGCGUGUCCUCCUUUUAAAUAUGUCAGGGCUGCUGUUGGUCAGCACAGCAAUACCUGUAUUUAGAAGGAAUGGCCAGUUUCUCAGAUCACAUGUAAAUGUCUAUUAUGUUGUCCCCACUGAAAGAAUAAACAUGACAUUUUACAA